UACUUCAUGAAGUAGUAUUGACUGUGCUGCACAUUGGUACAGGACUAAUGUCCCGGCUUCUGUUCAUAUAGUUAAUUCAUAGUCAACUCACCGGUGGAGGUCGUCGUUGAACGUAAACACGCGUUGUGUCUAGCAUAUUGUUGGGUUUCACUGACAUAGGGACCAUGGCUGAAGUGGAGCAGAAAGUGGAGGACAUGAAGAUUGAGGAAACAAAACCAGAAAAUGAGGAAGAGGAGGAUGAUGUAAAUCCAUGGUCUGUUGUUUCAAAGUCAGAUAAAGGUGUAGAUUAUGAUAAGCUUAUAAAACGUUUUGGAAGUACCAAGAUAGACCAAGUAUUAAUAGAUAGAAUUGGCACAUUAACGAAUCAAAAACCUCAUCGAUUCCUACGCAGAGGAAUCUUUUUCUCUCAAAGAGAUGUUCAUCGUCUACUUGAUAGGUUUGAGAAACAGAAGCCAUUUUUCUUGUACACAGGUCGGGGGCCGUCGUCGGAGGCCCUUCAUCUAGGACACAUUAUACCAUUCAUUUUUACAAAGUGGCUACAAGACACAUUUGAUGUUCCAUUAGUUAUACAGCUUACGGAUGAUGAGAAAUUUCUAUGGAAAGAUUUGAAGGUUGAAGAGGCUAAUAGGAUGGCCAUAGAGAAUGUGAAGGAUAUUAUAGCAAUGGGAUUUGAUAAGGAGAAAACAUUUAUAUUCUCUGAUAUAGACUACAUUGGUUCAUCUUCAGAAUUUUAUAAGAAUAUGCUUCGUAUUCAAAAGUGUGUGACAUUCAACCAAGCCAGGGGUAUCUUUGGAUUUGCUGAUACUGAUUGUAUAGGAAAAAUAAGUUUCCCAGCAAUCCAGGCGGCACCCUCAUUUUGUAACUCUUUCCCUCAUAUAUUUGGCACGAAGAAGGAUAUUCCAUGUUUGAUUCCAUGUGCAAUUGAUCAGGAUCCUUACUUCCGAAUGACACGUGAUGUUGCCCCUCGACUAAAAUACCCAAAGCCUGCCCUCAUUCACUCUACAUUUUUUCCUGCACUUCAAGGAGCCAAGACAAAGAUGAGUGCCAGUGAUGCAAACUCAUCCAUCUUCCUAACAGAUACGAAAAAUCAAAUUAAAAAUAAGAUCAACAAGUACGCAUUCUCUGGUGGAUGUGCCACAGUAGAAGAACACCGUGAGAAAGGAGGUGAUUGUGAAGUUGAUAUCGCUUACCAAUAUUUAACGUUCUUCCUUGAAGAUGAUGAUCAGUUGGAGCAAAUAAGACAG